UGUCUCAUCCUCAUUCAACAACUCUUAUCUAGUUUUGCCUCUCUCUCUCUCUCUCCAUCUCUGUGUUUCUCUCUAACUCAAACAAGAUUGUGAGCAAUGAGUGAAUCUUUAGAAAUUGAGGGUGAUAACCACAUAGCCUCAAAGGAAGAAGAGCACAAUCAAGAAACAAAGACAACAAGUGUAAAUAAGUUCUUCCCCUCUAUUACAUAUCAUUUGCCGGCGAGCGAGGUGGUAGAAGAGUUGCUAAUGCUUGGGAAGAUUGGAUUCCCUGUACUGAUGACAAGCUUGCUUUUAUUCUCCAAAUCAAUAAUUUCUGUGGUUUUCUUGGGUAGGAUGGGCAAAAUUGAGCUAGCAGGAGGCUCUCUUGCAAUUUCUUUUGCAAAUAUUACAGGCUUCUCAGUCAUCAAAGGCCUGUCUAUGGCAAUGGACCCAAUUUGCUACCAAGCCUAUGGAGCCAAAAGAUGGUCAGUUCUUAGCCAGACAUACCUCAAAACCGUCAUCCUUCUCUUGUUCGCAACCCUUCCCAUAUCGCUACUAUGGCUUAAUGUCGAGCAUGUCUUCCACUGGUUGGGUCAAGACAGUGUUAUCACCAAAGUCGCCAAGGUUUACCUCCUGUUCUCCAUUCCAGAGUUGAUAGCCCAUGCCCAUGUCAACCCAUUGAGGUCCUUUUUAAGGACACAGAGCUUGAACUCACCGGCAACCAUAGUUGCCACUUGUACUACAAUCCUCCACCUUCCCAUUAACUAUUUCUUCGCCACCUACUUGAAAUUAGGGGUGAAAGGUAUUGCCUUGAGCUCUGUUUGUUAUAUGUACAACAUGAACAUUGGGUUGUUAAUUUACGUUUCCUUGUCAAAAGUAGCUCUAAAACCAUGGGUUGGCGCCACUUUUAUCUCUACAUUUCAAGGAUGGUGGCCAUUGAUCAGCCUCGCGAUACCUAGCGUAUGUUCUGUAUGCUUGGAGUGGUGGUGGUAUGAGAUCAUUUUGCUUCUAGGAGGCCUAUUGAGCAAUCCACAAUCUUCUGUGGGGGCAAUGGGGGUGUUAAUUCAAACAACAGGCACAAUUUAUGUAAUUCCAUAUUCUAUAAGUUUAAGCGUGUCACAACGUGUUGGUCAUGAGUUGGGUGCUGGCGAAGCAGGUCGUGCCCAAAGGGCAGCCAUAAUUGGAGUUAUCGUUGCUUUUGUUUACGGACUUACCGCUUUGGGUGUGUCUUUUCCUAUAAGAAAUGUUUGGGGGAAGAUGUAUACUAAUGACUCGCAAACCCUUGGAUUAAUUUCACAAGCGCUUCCAAUCUUAGGCCUUGCUGAAGUUGGGAACGCGCCCCAGACAGUUGCCUGUGGAGCUCUCAUGGGAUCUGCUCGACCCAAGAUGGGUGUUCGCAUAAAUCUCGCCGCAUUCUACAUCAUUGGAUUGCCAGUUGCUGUUUUCUUGGCAUUCCAUAUGAAUAUUGGUUUUAAGGGACUAUGGUGGGGGCUAGUAGCAUCACAAUAUUCAUGUGUGUUUAUGAUGUUGUACACAUUGUAUCAAACAGAUUGGAGGCACCAAGCCAAGAGGGCUGAGGAGUUAACCCUGGCUGCUGGAGAGGAGGAUGUGGUAACUGACCUUGUCGCCGCCUAAUCUCUCGAUCUCCAUAUAAGUACAACACAUAAUUCAGUGUAAAUCAUCAUCUUUUUUGUCAAGAAAAUUGCAGAGUCAUAGCUGUCUAAAGUUUUCUUGGUUCUAAACUCAUGAUCUAGGAAGCAAAGGCCUUGGUUUGGUUUGGUGUUUUUUUUCUUUUUUUCCUCAAUCAUGUGCCAAAGAAGUGUACAAUUUUUCAUUAGUGUGCAGAUUCAAAAAAAUUCUA